AUGAAGAACGUCAGAGGCAGGAGUCUUCCGGCGCCGAAUCUGAUGUCUCAGGGUCACAAAGUCAGCAGCAAGGUGGGGGCUUUGCUUCGAAUCGCCGCGGAAGCCAAGGACAGCGUGACUAUCAAUAUCAGCAAAACGGUCCACCAUCGAAUCAAGGGCGGAAAUGUGCGCUACUUGAUUAACUUUCUCGACGAUAUUUAA